UCGUGUCCAUUAAAGUGAAAAACGUUGUCAGAUAGCGAGUCGGGCAGCCGCGGUGCUCGUGAGCGGACAGCUGGAGGCGCGAGGGGGAGCAGGCCGAGGUGUGAUUGAUUGUUUACAUGCUCAACGCUCGCUGGGAGCUAACGCCGAGCGCGGAGAGGCACUUGACACACGACCAACGGCUCCCAAAAGAGUGUCGUUAAAACACAGGCUGACGUCACCUGUUUUACCCUCAAAGAGAGCCAAUAAUCCACCGGUAACGUUACUGUACCGGUGGCGCUAAGCUAACGUUGAAACUACACGGUGUAUACACGACACACUCACGAGCGCACACCGAAACCUAACUAGUGGUAAUUGGUUAACCGCGUAUGAAACAGACACGUUUACUUUGGAUCUCAGUCUCACUUUAUCCACGAGAGCAGCACGCGCCGUGUUUUAAAAGAAGAUCGUGACGAUUGUUAUUGACUCAGGUGCACUGCUGCUGCUGCCCCUCGGUUCACUAUGGCCCAGAACCAAGUGAUCCUGCAGUUCCGCUUCUCCACAUUUGGGGACUCCAUGCUGCAGAAGAUGAACCUCCUGCGACACCAGAAACGCUUCUGUGAUGUCAGCGUGCGCAUCAACCAGCUGGAUGUCCCUGGUCACAAGGUAGUGUUUGCAGCCGGCUCCUCUUUCUUGAGGGACCAGUUCAUCCUUCAGCAGGACUCCAGGGAGGUCCAGAUCUCCAUGAUCCAGGAGGCGGAGGUGGGCAGGCAGCUGCUGCUGUCUUGCUACACAGGUCAGCUGGAGUUUCCUGAGCUGGAGCUUGUAAAUUACCUGACAGUGGCCAGCUUCCUCCAAAUGGGCCACAUUGUGGAGCAGUGCACUCAAGCUCUCAGCAAGUUCAUCAAACCUCAGUCUGCACGCAAGCUGGAGGUGGAUGUGGGUAUGACGAGGGAGAAGAAAGAGGACGGAUUAACCUCCCAGGCCCAGAGAGAGCAAGAGCGCUCUCAGGUUCGGCCUGUUCAGGAUGAGGUGAUGCAGGUUGGGGGCAACAACAAUGGCAGCGAUGUGGAUGACGGCAGCGAUGAUGAUGAUGAUGAUGACGACGACGACGACGACAACGAAGAAGAAGAAGAAGAAGAUGUGAUCAUACAGCCUACAUCCCCUCUUCAGAUCUUAGGCAAACAUCCAAAGCAGGGCAUGGUGGAGAGUGACAUCACUAUAGUAAAAGUGGAGUCUGUGUCUGACGUAGCAGAAAACUCCAUCACUGGUAACCUCCUCACCAGUCCUCCUCCUCCUACACUCCACUCUCCUGAGCCCCAGCACUCUCUCAUCAACUCCACUGUGGACAGUCGUGGCAGUGAGAUGGCGGUUCCACCCGGCCUGGCCGGAUACCCGCUCAGUCCCCCUCCUGCAGAGAAGCACAGUGUGCACCAGAGGAACUACGACAAACCUCUGCAGUGGUACCACCAGUGCCCCAAGUGCUCCCGGGUCUUCCGCCAGCUGGAAAACUACGCCAACCACCUCAAGAUGCACAAGCUGUUUAUGUGCCUGCUGUGCGGCAAGACCUUCACGCAGAAGGGCAACCUGCACCGACAUAUGCGUGUCCAUGCCGGCAUCAAGCCCUUCCAGUGUAAAAUCUGUGGUAAGACCUUCACCCAAAAGUGUUCUUUGCUGGAUCACUUAAACCUGCACAGUGGGGAUAAGCCACACCGCUGCAACUACUGUGACAUGGUUUUCGCUCACAAGCCAGUUCUCCGCAAGCACCUCAAACAGAUCCACGGGAAGAACAGCUUCGACAACGCAAACGAAGGCCACCUGCACGACGGAGUGCUCGACUUUGAUUUUGGACAAAUGAAAUCUGCUGACCUUUUUUAAUAGCUAUGUUGAAUGGAAUCAGUUGUUUAAAUUCAAUUCAAUAACAUUGAUUUGGUAUAGCCCAUGUAUCACAAAUUACAAAUUUGCCUCAGAGGGGUUUACAACCUGUACACAUACGACAUCCUCUGUCCCGGGACCCUCACAUUGGUUCAGGGAAAAAUUCCCCCCCAAAAAAACCUUAACGGGGAGAAAAAUAAGGAAGCAACCUUCCACAGAGGAGGAGCCCUCUCCCCGGAUGGACAGAAGUGCAAUAGAUGUCAUAUGUACAGAGUGAACAACAACAGAGUUGCAACACAUUCAAUUCAUAUGGGAGAAAUUAUUCAUAUAAAUGGCCAUGAUGCAGACUUUCCUUCAGAUGGAACAUUGUUAUCGUAAAUUUAGCAGUUCAAGAGACUGACGCAGUGUACACAGCUGGAGUAUAGAGCCUGUUAUUUGCAUUAUCAAAGAACGGAAGAUGAGCGAACAUGAUGGCGGGUUUCCAAAAAUGUCAGCGUCAACUCGAUGGUUUUAACUGGAAAAUGUAAAGAUGAAAGAAGACAUUUCCCUGGUCUAUACAUUUCACUGUAGCUUAAUUAUUUCUUUCUAGAUGCCUUCAUAUCGUACUUGAAAAUUCAGCACUGAAACAGUAAACAUAUUGACUGUACUUCAUUAGUUUUAUUGAUGAAUUAACAUGUCUUUGUGUCUGUUGUCCAAUGAAAAAUAUCCACUUGUAUAUAUACACACAGUCUACUGUAGCCUUUUGUUUCUUACCUGUGUGAAUAUGACAUCAUAAUUAAAAGAAACUUGAAAGAGGGUGGGUUGAACACAUAUUGUAUUGAAGGCAAGCUACACCAGGGACUAAUGGGAUGCCAAAGUGUCUAUAUGAACUGAAAUGGUUCUUUUAUACAGACUUUAUAUAUCUGAGGUACUAUUGGACCAAAGUGGCAUUGUGUCUGUCCUGUGUUCAUGGAAGUCGAUGUGUGUCAAGAAAUUAAAACUGGUUUCAAGAGUU